AUGGACCUUGAAGGAGUUCGGGAGCUAUAUUCCAUCGAAACGCGUGCCUUAUUCGACGCCAUCGACAGACUCUCCUCGCUGGGCAUCUCCAACGUCGCCGAUCCCCCCCAAAUAGUCGUCGUCGGUGCCCCGUCAUCUGGAAAGUCGUCCGUACUCCACGCAAUCUCUCAUUCCAAGAUCCCAUUCAGGUGCGGGACCCUCACUCGCUUUGCAACGGAGCUGGCUCUUCGUCGUGGGCCACGACCGUGUGUGAGAGCAAGCGUUCGGCCCUUCGAUCCCCGCCAGAAACCAGUCGAGUUGGAAGUCACUGAGAUUGACUUCAAGCAACAAUGCGUCGACAGCGUUAUUGCCGCUGCCGAAGACGACAUGGGACUCGACGAGUCGAACGAGACGUUUUCUAACGACGUGUUGCGUUUCGAAAUCGAGGGACCUGACAUAUACCCCUUAACACUUAUCGACUUGCCCCCGGUUCCGCCUGGAGAAUUUUCCGAUGAUGGGACAGAGGACGAUAGUGCACUCCCAGGGAUAUUCAACACUUAUUUGAAUAAUGAGAAUUGUAUCGUUCUCGCCAUCGUCUCAGCCAACAUCCCACUCGCUAACCAGUCCAUCCUUCCAAUGAUCGCCGAACAAGGUUUCGACCAAGAGCGAAUCCUCGGCGUCAUCACCAAGCUCGAUCUUCUCGAGCCUGGAUCUCCUGACGGGCAGCAGUACACCCAAGCUGUUCGAGGCCGUCAGUCGACCCAUAGUCUAAGGCAGGGCUUCCAUGUCUUGCUCAAUCCUUCAACCGAUGAGAGACCCAGAGAUGUGGACAACGUGCGGGACGAUUUCAAAGUGGAGUUCUUCGAAGCGGAAUCAUGGUCGUCUCUUCCGAUUCAUCGAUGUGGCGUAUCUGCCCUGAGGAAGAAACUGAACCCCUUGAUCCACAAUCAUGUUGUGAGAGGCCUCCCAGAUAUCCUCGGACCGAUCCAGGAAAAGCUCUCUGAACUAAGGCUUGAGCUCAAGAUGUUGGGACCAUCCAGAUCUGGCUCUCUGGAGAAGAGAGAAUAUCUCGUGAAGCUGGCGAGUGGUUUCAAGAGGCUUGUCCGUGAAGGCAUUCAAGGCCACUACAACGACCCGUUUUUCGGCGGACUGGACGGCGCUGAUCGGAAACUCCGUUCCCAGAUACAAAGGUCCCAUGGGGCAAUUCGACAUAUUCUGGCUACCAAAGGAUCAUCGAACGAAAUCCUGGAUGACGUUGAGGAUAGACCGUCACCCCCAAACACGCCAUGGCAUCUGGUGGACUUUAUUGCGGCAAAUCCGUACGGCCUCCCUUUCCCGGAGCCCCUGGACCGGGAAGACGUGGUCUACCAGCUUGAGGAGCAAGCGGUCGCGGGACAGAACGUCAAACCUCUCCACCAAGAGUCAAUGAAUUUGGCCGUUCAGCUCUUCCGGAGACAAGCCCAGCCUUGGGAAAAGAUUGCUAGGAUACACUUCGAGAAAGUCACGGCCAUCACCAAGUCAUUCGUGGAACAGGUUGUCGAGCAUCUAGCAGGAACUGCCAACACAUGCAGCACGACGUUCUCCAUUCUGUCCACUUGCGUAGACCCUUUUUUCGAAGAACGACAGAAGCUUCUUGAGCACAAAUUGCAGGAACUCCUGCGACCUUACAGAGAGGGAUUCUCGAUGGUCUUUGAUGAAGGCUUUGAAGAAGACCUACGUCGGCGGGUCUCAGAACGGAACGCUGCGUCACCUGAUGAUUCUAGUGAGCAAGAGUCUGCAGCUGAGUGGAUUAUCGACAUGAUGCAGACUUUCUACCACAUGUCGCUGCGUACAUUCACAGACAACCUCAUCAACCUGGCAGUGGAAAGCUGUCUUGUCCACGAGCUCCCAGGAAUGUUCACCCCAGCGGAUGUCACCCGAAUGAGCGAUGCCAGAGUGGCAGAGCUAGCUGCCGAGACUGAAGAGACCCAAAGCAUUCGUUCGCAGCUGGAAGCGGAAAUCAGGCUGCUUGAAGAUGGACUCAAGGAAUGCCGCCGGCACAGACCUAGGAGCGUCCCAGGUCACUCUUCACGGCCAAGCACGUCGCCUCGCACCAGUCCUGAGGCAUCGCCGAGAGCUGAGACGGUCUCACCGGCUACCACGUUGACCUCGGUGAACAGUACUCCUAUCAAGGAGGGAGAAACUCGAUCCAUCCCAAUCCGCGUGUCCCCAGACAUCUUGAAGUUCGAAAGCAAGGCGGACUCGAUCGCGUUUCCUCAAUCCAUCUUCAGCUUCGAGGCAGAACGUGAACCUCACGGUUUGGAAGCCAAGGCGGAGGGUAUUCCAGUUCAGAGCAACAUUCUUUUCGGCGGAAGCAAGCUUUUCAAUCAGGUCCCAACACAAGAGCUUACCAGCGGAAGAGCCGACCGAUCGCCGUCAGUGAACGCCUCCCGUGAUGUUGGGCCCACGGGUGCAGGGAAUCACUCGGACGAGGAAAUUUUCGAUGCGGAUGGGCGGCAUAUAAACAGGAUAGGCCGUAGGACAACAGCCAUCGAAGAGGCAACCUGGAAGUUUUCAAGACAUUGGGACGUGGGGCACGUUUUCGUGAAAGACGGAGAGGUUGGAAGUGAUCUGUAG